AUGCUGUUUCGCUUCCGCGAAGCGCAAGCAGCAGACUUGGGAAUCAUAGAUGCCGGACGCACGCGGCGACCCAAGAUCAUCACCGAGGUCGACUCGAUACCCUCUUGCGAGAAAUGGCGAGGCCAAACCCUCAAGGAGAUUAGCCGCAAGGUUUCCAAGAUCCAGGAUCCCGCCCUUAGCGACUACCAGAUCCGCGAUGUCAACGACGAGAUCAACAAAUUGAUGCGAGAAAAACACAUGUGGGAAGUACAGAUACGGAAUUUAGGCGGUCCAAAUUACAUGAGAGGCGGCGGGAAAGUGUACGACGAAAGCGGCAAAGAGAUACCAGGCGGCGGGAAAGGGUAUAGGUAUUUUGGGCGAGCGCGAGAGUUACCCGGAGUAAAAGAGCUAUUCGAAGCGGCAAAACACAAAGACAAGGACGAAAAACCACUGGAAACGAGGGACGACUUGAGAAAGGCCGUUGACGCAAAAUAUUAUGGUUAUGCGCCAGACGAAGAGGACGAGGCUCUGCUCGAAUACGAGAGGCAAAAGGAGGAAGCCGCACUCGAGGCACUCAAGAAGCAAGGAGGAAAAGGCACGGCGCCGCCAGAUUGGGAGCCUCUUCCUGGAGACAGUGGUGACGGUAAAGCCUGGGAACUGCCGACGCUCGAAGAAGUUCAGGAAGAAUUGAUGGACAGGAGACGCAAGAGGUUGCUUGAUUCACUCCAAUGA